GGUCCCGAGGAACUCAGGGACAGGGACCGAACCAAUCUCAUCUCUCAGCCUGGCAUGCCAGGGUGCGGAUGAGAUUGAUCCUUUCGGUUUCCUUCUUCCCAGGGACGCACGUGGUACAGGCAGUCCCCGUAGCACAGCGGCGUGAUCUUGCCGAAACCAAGAAGCCCUAAACUUGCGCCGAGGCUGUGGUCACGCAAGAAGAGAAGGGAACUUCUACCUAAUUUGUGUCUAGGAAGAACUCCGACACGCCCAAGGCUCUCUGAUCUCUUGCGGUAGGUUCACAUAUUUCCUCAACACCUUGGCAUCCUCUUCUACCAACUCAGCAAAGACCCUAAUCCCGGCUUCCCGUCGUCUUGAAGUCACUGCCGCAGGAGCCGUCGGCUUUCUUCGUGCUCUAGAUGAGGCGCUGGUGCUGAUUCUCUCCAGCUAAUGCCCUAGCGUAGAAACAGCGCCACGUAGGUUCUUUAGUCUUCGGAGCGGAAGGGUCCACAGCCACAGUGUUUUUAUACAUAUUCUUGUGUAGCUUGGGCCGCUCUCACGACUUGGUCAGUUCUUCUUCCAUUAAGUCCAUGCACUCCUCAGGUCCCGUCGAAGCCUGUCGGCAGAUCCUAAAGCUACAGGUAGCUUUCGCGGUCUCGCUCCACCACACGGUGGAAGGUGGGCACUCGUCCUCGAAUCGUUUAACCAGCAGCUGCGCUCGGGCUCUGAACAGCAUUUCAGGAUGAUUCCGUUUGUUGUUGCAGCCUUGAAAUUUCCAGUGCGAACCGCCAGCCGCACCGAGGCGUAGCGCUUUCUAAAAGGGCAGAUAACUGACAGAUUCGUCAUAGUCCGGAUCUUCUGCUGGUGAUUUCUCUGACCCACUUCGCUUUGCUCUAGCUGCAAGUUGCAGCGGAAAUGGCUCUCCAGGGUCCUCCCGCAUCAACUAGAAGUCGGUAGAAGAGACAGACGAGGUGAAGAGGCUGCGGGACUGCUGCAGGCGCGUGGAGCCCGCGGUAUUGAACAUCGGCUCUCUGGCUUCGGUGGCUGGAUACUCAGCUUCUCUGCUGUCACGAUCCUCUGGGGAACUCCCACCAGGACUCCGACUAGGUGCAGCAAUCCGUGGGGGUGGGGAGGGUGGGGGACUAAGUCCCCGCACCGUUUACCCAGGGGAUUCCUAGGUCGCUGAGCGCUGAACCUGGAAGAGCAGAAACAGGUUCUCGAUGUGGAGCCCGAAUGAGAAUCGGGGGAGUGUCAUGUCAUGUGAGGAGCUGCAGAAACCAAGCCCGCCAGUGCUCAGAUAAACUUCUUGAGGUUUUUCACAUUCAAUUGAGGGCAUAGCUUUUGUCUGCUUUGUCCGUCAGGGGACGGGGAAGCUGGGGCCGCAUCUUGCUCUUGCCUGGGAUGCAGAAAAGUCUCAGUACGUCCGUUCUCUCUAUGUGCACUUGUCAAAGCUGACAGCCAUCUGCAAAAAGCUCAACUCUCAGAACUUGUAGAACCUUGUGGGAAAAGUCCCUGUUAGAUGAACCCAGAAAGUCUCCAAGGUCUUAUGCAAGGAGGACCAGACCUCCCUAUGCCUGAAAUUCAGGACUAUGUGGCUCAUACCCUUUCCCCUAUAGAAGAGACUGUUCAGAACUGUUGGGCAGAAGCCACCAUUGAAGAAUAUAAUAUGAUGUCUUCUUGCCAAUCAUGUACAACUCCAAUAGCUCCAGCUUGACCCCCACAUUCUUCAUUCUGAAUGGAGUUCCUGGGUUGGAAGAAGCUCACACAUGGAUCUCCUUUCCAUUCUGCUCCAUGUACCUCAUUGCUGUUUUGGGAAACAGUGGACUCCUCUACUUAAUUCAUCAUGAGGAAUCCUUGCACCGACCCAUGUAUUACUUUUUGGCUCUGCUCUCAUUCACUGAUGUUGCCCUCUGUACCACAACUGUACCCAAUAUGCUUUGUAUCUUCUGGUUCAACCUUAAGGAGAUCACUUUUAAUGCUUGUCUGGUCCAGAUGUUCUUUGUUCACAUGUUGACUGGGAUGGAAUCUGGUGUACUCAUGCUCAUGGCCCUGGACCGCUAUGUGGCCAUCUGCUAUCCCUUACGCUACACUACCAUCCUCACUAAUUCAGUCAUUGCCAAGGCUGGGUUCAUCACCUUCCUGCGAGGAGUGAUGCUCAUUAUCCCCUUCACAUUACUUUCCAAGAGGCUGCCCUACUGCCACGGGAACAUCAUCCCCCACACAUACUGUGACCACAUGUCUGUAGCUAAGGUGUCCUGUGGCAAUGUCAAAGUCAAUGCUAUCUAUGGUCUAAUGGUUGCUCUGCUAAUUGGUGUGUUUGAUAUCUGCUGCAUCUCUGUGUCUUAUACAAUGAUUCUCCGGGCUGUAGUGAGCCUCUCCUCUGCAGAUGCCCGACACAAAGCCUUUAGCACCUGUACAUCUCACAUUUGUGCAAUUGUUAUCACCUAUGUCCCUGCUUUCUUCACUUUCUUCACACAUCGCUUUGGGGGAAACACUAUUCCUCAUCACAUUCACAUCAUUGUGGCCAAUCUCUACCUACUUCUGCCUCCCACAAUGAAUCCUAUUGUUUAUGGAGUAAAGACCAAGCAGAUAAGAGAAGGGGUGAUCAAAAUAUUAUUUGGAGAGAAGAGUGUCUUGGCCUGAGAAUAAUGAACAUUAGGAUCAAAAUGUUGGAGCAUACUGUAGGGCAAGGAAAGAGAAACAGAAAUUUUCAAGAGGUCUUUGUGGGUAGGAGUCAACAUUUGUAGUAAAAAUUAUUCUAGCAGGCAAAAUUCAUGACUCCUAUUUCAUGGUAAUUAACUGAAUAUCUGUUUGAGGAAAUACACUACAUGAUGUGCAAUAAAGAAGGCAAAAGUCUUUCUUCUAUACCUCAUGGAAUAUCCCUUGGAAAAUGACCCAGAUCUGGAGAUACAUAGAAUAAUAGUUAUUAACUCUGAUAAAGCUUCCAUGGAUGCUGAGCUUUGUUGUAGGCAAUAGUGGAAGCUAAAAAGAAAGAAAGAGUGAGAAUUCCUAAAAAAUAAAGAGGCUCUAAUUCAUGAGACAAAAAAAUUACUCUUGCAAGAUUUUUAUUAUGCAUCUCAGUGUCCAAUAAAUACAUAUAUAACAAGUACAACUGUUCAUAGUACCCUGGAGUAAAUAAAUUAUAAAUAUUCAGAUACUCUAGGUUCAUUCUGAGCAGAGGUUUUAAAAAAAGAUGUGGUGAAGUUUAGAUGAGUGAAGAAGAAAUUCAGUAAGAAAUUUUGUCAACAUUGGAAACAAAUAAAUAAUGCCUGGCUUGGA